CAACGAUGGCGGUUCCGGUGCGGGCUGGGGCUGGGCCUGGGCCCGUGCGCAGUGUGUAGCGCCCGAGCGAUGGAUGCCAGAGACAAGCAGCUUCUGCGCUCCCUGCGGCUGGAGCUCUCCACAGAGGUGCUGAUGGAAGGACUUGUCAUUCAGUACCUUUAUCAGGAAGGGAUUCUAACAGAAAACCAUGUUCAAGAAAUAAGGUCCCAGACCACCAGUCAGAGACAAACAAUGUUGUUUCUUGAUAUCCUUCCUACCAGAGGACCCAAGGCCUUUGAUGUAUUUCUGGAUUCAUUACAGGAAUUUCCUUGGGUUAGAGACAAAUUAAAGACAAAGCGCAAAGAAAUUAUGCCUGAGAAGUCUGCAGGUGGCAGGAUACUGGGAAUUCCAGCACAGAUUUUGAAGAGCUCACCAACAGAUCAGCAAAUUAACAAACUCGCAGGGAAACUGGGACCUGAGUGGGAACACAUUGUACUGUCUUUGGGUUUGUCACAAAAUGACAUAUACCGAUGUAAAGUCAAUCACCCUCACAAUGUUCAGUCACAGAUUGUGGCUGCAUUUGUCCUUUGGAGGCAACGUUUUGGGAACAAAGCAACAAUCCAGACUUUGUACACCAGCCUGACAGUUGGAGAAGUGGAUCCCUCUGUAAUCCAGUAUAUGCUUGACUGAUAUCUUAUGAUUGAUUAGUGCCUUUUGAGCCCUCACUAAGAAUAUAGACAGACAUGGCAAUUGCAGCAAUAUCAAAGAAUACCAAUACAAACAACUGUUACAUCUGCACCAUUCUGUAAUGACACAAGUCAGCAAAAAUGCUUCAGCUGUAACCCUUCUUCAUUCAUGAGGAAAGCUGAGUGAUUAAGUUAACUUGUACUUCAGGAUCAUGCAGUAACAUCAUAACAGUAACAGCAUAACAGCUGAUGCAUGCCUCUGAGCAGCAAUUCCCCGUCUUCUUUUAAAGCAGCUAAAAUAUACAUUUAUGCAUACCCAUUACUAAAUAAACUGGAUUUACUGAAUCGUAUGUCAAAGUUCUGAUGUCUGGAAAUAUCAGCUGAGCAAUUUGAUCAUUCUGUGAGUCUACUAAUCCUUGUAGGUUCCAGCCUUCUGGGAAAUCUUUUGACUUUUAUUACUAUUAUAUACAUCUCAGAUCAAAUUUUAACAAAUAUUAAGAAAUUAUCAUUCUUUUUAUUCACUCUUGUGCUUCUUCCAAGUAGGAUGUCAUCAAGUAGAUGCUGCAACUUCAAGUUUUGUGGAGUCCUUCCAAGCAGUGGAUCACAUCCUGAGGUAUAAAGCUAAUAUUAAUGACUAAGUCCUGCCUGUUCAAUGCCUCUCGCUAUUGCUGUUUUAAGAAAACUCUUUAGGAUGUAGAAUUAUUUCAGGGAUAAGUUGUUAUCACGUUAAGUGUAGGUCAGGCAGGGUGAACUUUGUAAGAAGUAACAAGGGGUAGCUUAUAGUCUCUUUUCAUCUCCUUAUCAAUCAGCUGUAAAAAUGUCAUAGGGAUCAAUCAGGUUUUAUCCUACAAUGGGUUUCCUCUUCCAUUCCUAGCUACAGGCAUUUCUUUCUGCCCUCAGGAAUCAUUAUGCCUCUGCCCCAUUAGGUAUCAGUUGUUUCUAGGGGCAAUGAGAAUGAGCAGUGAAAUCAUAAACUAGUGAUGCAAAGCAGAAUACAUUUUCACUCCUGUGCAAAUUAGCUUCAAGGGAAGAACCACACCCAAAGAUGCUACAACCACACCCCUGAGGAAUAAAGUUAGGCUUCCAAAUGACAAGUCAGUAGUCGGUUUCCCCCAAAGAGCCAAUGCUGAUGACGCUCAGCCUCCAGAUUCUGUUUCAUAUAUUUAAGCACCCUUGUGGUUUGAUCAGAUUUAGAGCAAGAGGUUUUUCUCUUCUAUACCCCUAAUUCUCAGAACUUUAAGGAAAAUUAGCAUUCUUCAGAGCACCUUGGUUACCCAGCUGGGCAUUUUUUUCUGAACUCUAGGAGCUUAACAGCGUUUCCUUAUAGGAUCAGAUCUUUCCAGUCCAGAAACAAUUUGCUGUUAUGUUAUUUUUAGUCUUCCAUAAUACAGUGCUGACAUUCAGUAAUUCAUGAUCCUGCUAUACCUCACUCAAAUCUUAAUUAAUUGUAUUGUCUUAUGUUUACUGAGAGUGUAAUUCUAUUAUGAAGUUCUAAGUAAAAAAAUGUAAAUCAU